AUGACGUCAUCGAGCCCGACCUUCCCGCCGCGCACAGUGAUGAUGUUCGGAGACGGCGGCGCAGCUCUGACGUCGCGGAUCAAGAUGGCGGCGCUGAGGCGCGCCGUGCCGGUGCUGAGUCGGGCGCUGGCGGGGCCCGGUGGGGCGGCCCCGGGACGGCGUUGGGUGCGAGCGCUGAGGCGUAGCCCUGUGCGGGUGCUGCCGCCGCUGAAGGAGCAGGCCAAGGCGCGGCAGAGCCCCGUGGAGCACCAUCCGCCUCUCCCGGCUGUGGAGCGGGACUCGGCCGGGCCCGGGCUGUGGUACGAGAAGGCGUCGCCCGGCGACAGGAGCCUGGGAAAAGUGGUGACCAUCGCUAAGUCGCGGAGUUUCCGCGACCGCCACGGGAAAGUGCUGCUGGAGGGGCAGAGGCUGAUCCGGGACGCGCUGGAGGCGGGCGCCGUGCCCCAGGCUUUGUUCUUCAGCACCGCCCUGCACCUGAGGGAGCUGCCGCCGGCACCGCUGAAGGGAGCCCGCCUGGUGAGGGUGAGGUUCGAGGACAUCAAGUGCUGGUCCGACGUGGUGGCCCCGCAGGGGAUGAUAGGGAUCUUCUCCAAGCCUGACCAUGCCAAAAUGUCCUACCCUACUGCCCAGCUGCCCCUAGUUCUCAUCUGCGACAACAUCCGGGAUCCAGGAAACCUGGGGACUAUUCUGAGAUCUGCAGCAGGAGCAGGUUGUGAAAAAGUGUUGCUCACCAAAGGCUGUGUGGAUCCAUGGGAGCCAAAGGUGCUUCGUGCAGGCAUGGGAGCUCACUUCCGAGUGCCCAUUGUUGCCAAUCUGGACUGGGAAUCUGUUCCCAACAACCUUCCUUCUGGUGUGCGGGUCUGCGUGGCUGACAACAAAGACCCAGGGGUUCAGGCUGAGACAGAACCCACACCCCAGGGAGCUGGCAGGUUUGGCUCCCCUUCUGGCAACCCAAAGGCUCCUGUAAAACCCAAACGCAAGGCUGCUCCUCCUGAACAUGAGGAUGAGGAGGGAACGGAGGGCGUCUGCACCUCGGAGCUUGCUGCACAGUAUUACUAUGAGAACUGGAUACGGUCCCCAGCAGCAGUCGUGGUUGGUGGAGAGACCCAUGGCCUGAGCCCAGAUGCACUUCACCUUGCAGCCAGCACAGGUGGGAAGAGACUGGUCAUCCCUGUGGUGCCUGGUGUGGACAGUUUGAACUCUGCUGUAGCUGCUGCCAUUGUGCUGUUUGAAGGGAAGAGGCAGUUGCAGUGGAGGAAGCACAAGCAAGAAGAUGAAAGGCAGAAGUUCCCAGUAGUGGGAUAAACUGCUGAGACUCGGGUGCUCAAGCAGCACCCCUUCCCUUUGGCACUCCGCAGAAGAAUUAAUUAAUAAAAGAGCAGCCUGGUCUGUUUUGUUUGCUAAGAGAUUGUUAAAUAGCUGUACCUGGAGCUAGCCUCUCUUGCUCCAUGCUAGUGCAAGUGGAGCAUGAGCUCCCCAACUUACCUGUGUGUGUGUGUGCUGGGGGUGGGAGGAGGGACACAGCUUGCCCUGUGCCUCACCAGGAACGCUGCAGAGAUAUGAGCAGAGCUCCAUUCACACCAAACCCCACGUAGCAGCUGCAGUAGCAUCAGUGCCAGCCUGGCCAGGGUGCUGCUGGCAAAGCAUGUCAUUCCUCUUGCAGCCCUUAGGCUGUGCAACCACCAGUACUGCUGGACUGCUUGCCUGGGGCCAAAGGAGCCACUGUACUUGUGGCUCUGGGUUAGGAAUGCCUGACAGCUGCCACCUGAGCAGCUCCUGUCCAUGCUUACACAAACCCUGUGCCUCAUCAGGCACUCCACCGUGGUGCAGGGCAGCAGAGCACCAAGAACUGUGCUACUGCCAGGAGGUGGCAGUGCCUGUCCCAAGCAGCUCAGCUCUAGCAGCUGGGCCUCAGCACUGAUAAAUUAUGAAUGAGGGACUGGAAGAGGGAGCUGCAGGCACUGCUGCUCCUCAGAUGGAUGUUCACAGUGAAAUAAAACCGGGGGCCCUGUCCAUGUCUCCUUGAGGACAGUAUUAGCUUGCACUAACACCCUCCUCCACUGCAGGACUGGGGGCUCCUGCCCACGUUGCAUGAUGCUCUCAGCUUCCCUGACAGCUGUGUGUUGACUGACAGCUCCUGUGACAGCGCUGGCUGCCACCUGCCUUCACUGGCUGUGAGUUGCAUGAGCUGCUCACUCAGCCACUGCUGGCUCCUGUUUCCUGUUACCACUGAAAGGUCAUCAAUAGGUCUGGUUGUGAGACACCCAGACUGCCAGCCUCCUCCACAUCUAAGCCCUGAUAGCUGAGGACUAAGCCGGUGUUAGCUCACAGCUGAAAGUGCUCCAGCCAACCAGUUCUAUCCCCACAGACUGGUUCUUGUGCUGGUUCCCAUCAAAUCGACCCCAUACAACCCAAUUCUAGGGCAGAAAAUUGCUGCUUUGCUCCAGUUCCUACCAAGCAGUGACCAGCGUGACCGUGGCAGGCAUUGCUGCCUCUCUGGGAGCCCCAACCGCAGUGUCCAGAGGGAAACAAAUACGGGCUCUUCCUGCCUACAAACAUCAGCCACUGCUGCAUGACCAAACACUACAGACACCGCGGUUCCAGUUCCAACCUCACUGUAACCGUUUUUCAAACCACAAACACAUCGAGAUUGCCCCCGAACCAGCAGGACCUGCAGUACACAGACAACGUGCGCUAGGUGGCAGUGGGGUCUGGAAGUGAUUCUAUUGCCUAGCUGCUCCACACGCAGCAAGAAUUGGGACUGCAAUCGCACUGCGCGCUCCCUUAACCCUGAGGUGGAUGGUAACUCACCAAAGCAUUAUUCCCUCAAAAAAUCCCCAGAAAAGAGGGGAUCUGAGUUGAUUCAGCUCAUCGGGGGCACUACGGAAGCAGGGCUGAGCCCACCUUCCAGCCUAGUGCUGGGGAGGGCAGUGAGCUGUGGCUGACAGCUCCACCGUGCUGCUGCUUCCUGACCGCCUCACAGCUCAGCUAACCAGCACCGAACACGAGAAUCUGAAACGUGCAAAACAACAAGAGAGAUUUACACCAUUUCUGCCUUUCCCGCACUUGGCUGCUUUUCCCAACUCCUGCCAGGGUGGGUUGCUGUAACAGUGAUAAAGGGAGAGGCUGUAAUCCUGCCAUUGCUGACAAACGAGCUGAAAGGAAACGUGGUAGCUCACACAACGCCCACUAUUGAGCUCCAGGACACCGCCCUGAUGGAAACAGCACCGGGGUCUGUGCUGGGCUGCGGGACGCGGCAACCGGCACCUCCCAGCUCGGUUAUUCGAUCAGUUUUAUUACAAAGUUCCAAUCACCAUGUACAGUUUUUACAAUGUCACUUUCGGGAGGGCUUGGCUGUGCUGCUAAGGACUGGAAUCUUUUUUUUUUCUUUUUUUUUUUUUUUUUUUUUAAAGAA